AUGGCGGCUGUUGUCACUCGUCAACCCUUUGAGCCUGCACCUGGCUUCGUCCCAACUACAACUCAAGCAACUGGAAGUUUCUUAGAAACCACAAUUGACGGCGCCCCUGCCUUUGUCGACAUAUCAGCUGGAGGCUCAAAUGUAAAGAGCACCGAGCACUCGCUCAAUGUCAUAAACUUGCGAGACUACCAGCCACGCGUGACGCUUGGUGUUGAAGGUGUCGAAUAUGUGACGUUCAAUUCGACCCUCCAAGAGGAAAGCCUCUUGCAUCCGGAUAAAGCCGAAGUCAAAUCGGUGGUUGAGGAACAAUACUGGGCCGAAUGCGCUGAGCUCGUUAAAAAGCAUACUGGUGCCGUCGAGGUAGUCCCAUACCACUGGCGCCAUCGUCAGACCCCCAAAAAUAUGCAAGAACAAGAUGUCAGCAAAGGAGUGAGCAGCAAGCCUGUGACACACUUCCACAUCGACAACGAUGCCAGCACUGCAGAGGGUUCUCUCAAGGCCACCCUCCCCGAGGAAGAUGCUUCGCGUUGGCUUGCAUCUGGCCACUGGGGGAUUGUAAACGUGUGGAAACCAAUCGGGGAUCCAGCGUUCCAGUAUCCGCUUGCGGUGGUCGAUGUCACCAAAGUAAACUGGCAGCGCGAUGUCGAGGUUGUGCUGACACGAAACAACUACAAAAACAGCAUCAAUGGGCUCCGCUUCCGAGAUGGGUUCAAUUAUUACUAUGUGAAAGACCUGCGUGCGGAUGAGGCAUUAAUGUUUAGAAAUUUUGAUUCUCAGGAUGGAAGGGGAAUUGGUGUACCACACGCCGCAGUGGAUGAUGUGAAUACCCCCGUUGGCUGUCCGCCCCGAAGAAGCAUUGAGGUCCGAUGCUUGGUAUUGUAUGCUAACUGA